ACCACGCAUGUACGUGAACGUGCAGUGCUACCAGGGCUGGAAAGAUGGCGGCCUCUGCGUUUCGCCGAGGUUUGCUAAGUACCGUCAGUAAAUACAACAGAAAACACACGCACAGAAUAGCGUGUGGCGUUGACCUAAGCAGCGGUUUCGAGCCGCACAGCCUGUGGCUGCAAUGCCGGGCCUGUGGGCUGUCUGGCGGUUCCCAGCAGAAGAGGUUCAUGUCGUCACGGAACAGGCCUGAGGGCAAGAUUUUGGAAACAGUGGGAGUGUUUGAAGCUUUGAAGCAGCAUGGAAAAUAUGAAACGGGUCAGCUCUUCCUCCACAGUGUGUUUGGAUACAGAGGUAUUGUUUUGUUUCCCUGGCAUGCCCGGCUCUACGACAGAGACAUCACCCCUCCCAUAGCUGACAGCAAACCAGAUUUACCAGGAGCUCACACUUCCAAAGAGGUAAAAGGGAAGACUCACACUUACUACCAAGUUCUGAUUGACACUCGGGACUGCCCACACAUAUCUCAGAGGUCGCAGACGGAAGCUGUAACAUUUCUGGCCAACCAUGAUGAUAGCAGAGCUCUGUACGCCAUCCCAGGUCUGGACUAUGUGAGCCAUGAAGACAUCCUGCCUUAUAAUGCCACAGAGCAGAUCCCCAUCCAGCAUGAACUGUUUGAGCGCUUCCUGGUAUACAACCCUGCAAAAUCUCCUCCGUUCACACCGAGAGACACCCUUAAGGCAUGGCAGGAGAAGAACCACCCUUGGCUGGAGCUGUCAGACGUCCACAGGGAGACCACAGAGAACAUCCGAGUCACUGUCAUCCCCUUUUACAUGGGCAUGAGGGAGGCCCAGAACUCCCAUGUGUACUGGUGGCGAUACUGUAUUCGACUGGAGAACAUGGGUAAUGAAGUGGUUCAGCUGAGAGAGCGGCACUGGAGGAUCUUCAGUCUGUCAGGAACCCUGGAGACGGUUCGAGGACGAGGAGUUGUGGGCAGGGAACCAGUGUUGUCUAAAGAGCAGCCAGCGUUUCAGUACAGCAGUCACGUGUCCCUACAAGCCCCCAGUGGCCACAUGUGGGGAACGUUUCGUAUUGAAAGGACUGACGGCUCCCACUUUGACGUUCGCAUUCCUCCCUUCUCCUUAGAAAGUAACAAAGAUGACAAAGCGCCCCCUGCUGGUUACACAUUUUAAAUGCAUGUUGUCGUCUCCCCCUGUGAGGACCAGACCCCGUUACUCCUGGGCGUCUACAGUUAAAAUUACUUCAGCUGUCAGUGUAUGCAGCAAGAGUCGAGGUCUGCAGAGGGAACACGCAGCAUUUCACACAUCAUUCAUUCAAGUGCAGCCACAUAUUUUUACAUUUAUAUUAUAUUAUUAUAUUAUAACGGUGGAAAAGCUACAGCAAAAUGCGACUGCGUUCAUCAUACCAGGUUAGCUUUGCUGUGUGUUGUGGUUUAGUAGACAGUGUUAUCAGAGCUGGACCUUGGGACCUGGACCUGAGUCCUUCAAAUCAACCAGGCAAGGCCACAGUGGCUGUGGUGGCCCACCAUCUGGGUCAGAAAGGUUGUAACUUUAUAUGGAGACAUUUUGCUAUUUUAAAACAUCCAUAAUUUGUUUAAAAAAUAGUUUUCAUCACAUCUACACAGGCAGAUAAAAGUAAACAGUAUGAUUUCCCUGCUGUGUGGCUGCGUCCGUUAAGCACCAGUCGCUCGAUAAGCAGUCGAUAUACACUUCAAUAGAUGACACACUUUUUUAUAUCUCAUGACAUAACUGCAAAAUCUGAAUUCCAUGAGAGAAAAAGCUGCCUGAAAAAAAAAAAACUAAAAAAAAAGUUUUAUUUAUUAAAGCCCACAAAACUCAUCCUCUUAGUUUUUCCUGUCGUUUUGUCCUUGAAGCUACAAAUGCUGCUCUUGUGCCCUACGACCUCUGGGACACUGAGUAGACAGGAAGCUGAAUUCUGGGACAGAAACAGUUAAUAUGGGUGGGAAAUGGAGAUUAUUAAAGCCCAGAAUAUCUAACAUCCUAAAAUGUCAGUAUUUGUGGAGACACAUUUGGCAAUAAAUGCAGUCUCAGGUCUUUCAACAGUCGUGCUUGGCCUUAUGCAACACCAGACUGUACCAGGCUUUACUGAAUCCAUGUCAGGUCAAGGAUGUUCACAAUCUGAUCUUACAACUGUGUUUUACGAUUGAAGAAUUGAUUUGAAAAUUGAUUUUUAUUUAGCUGAAAGUCUUCCUUUUCUUUCCAAACACCUUAUUCCCCGCACAUGCAUAUCUGUUAUUUUAAUGGACUCACAUUCACAUCUAGUAUGUUUUGUGCCUCAUUGUGUUAAGCAGAACAUCAUAGGUGUGAGUAAAUGGACUUGCAAUAUGAUGAAAUGCAGACUACCCAAAGACUAGAAAGUCCUUUUGGUUUCCUGGGGAAGAAUAUUAAACAAAUUGGUUGCCAUCACUGUAGCCAUAGGCAGUGUGCCAACUCGAAGGUUGAAACUGCUGUUUAAGAAAGAAGGUGUGUUAACCUUUGAAAGCAUCUUGUGUUUUCAAUUGAUAGAAGGAUGGUUAUAGGUGGUGAUGUUUGAAUGUAAGGCUUUGAACAUAGAUAUUGCACUGGUUAAAAAAAAUUGUCUUGCACGGAGGGGUCUACAGUAUGACCGUUUCCCUCGGUCUAAUGUUUUUUUUUCUUUUGUUGCCACAGGAAUAACAGCCCAGAAAUAAACAUUUGUAUUACACCCCCCCCCCUUUUUCCCUUGUAAAACACGUUUUGUACAAUUAAGCUAAAGGCCAACUUAGUCGAGUCUGAAAACUCAGUGCGACACUGAAAGCAGGGACUGUUUUUUUGAUAAAUAAUUUGAAGCAAAAAAUGGUUUAAACACAGCUGUAAAUAUACAUAUAAUUAAAGGCUAAACAAAUAAACACUUUUUGAAAAAUA